AUUCUUUUUCAUAUCAACUUCAACUUCUCUUUAUCAUCUUCCUUAACUAAUAACCUUCCAAUUCAAUCAUAUUAUAUCCUCUUUUCAAAACACAAUAUUAAUCAUGGGUGUAUUCACAUGCACAUUGGCCGAUAUCACCAGCCCGGUCGCCGCGUCGCGGUUGUUCCAAGCUCUAGCCAUUGACAACCAUAACUUCGUCCCUAAGGCUGUGCCUCACUUCGUUAAAUCUGUUGAGUUUCUUCAAGGUGACUCCACUGCUGUUGGAUGCGUCAAACAGAUCAAUUUCCCCGACGAGGCUCCAUUCAAAUAUGUGAAAAACAGAGUAGACGAGAUCGAUGCCGGUAACUUGUACCUCAAGUAUACUUGUAUCGAAGGAGAUGUGUUUCCUGAUACAGUAGAAUCUGCUGUUUAUGAAGAUAAAUACGAACAAACCGAAGGCGGAACACGGUGCAAGAUGGUGGCACAUUACAACAUGAAGGGUGAUAAUGUGAUGAAGAAUGAGGAUAUUGAGAAGGCCAAAGAAGGAAUUCAAAAGAUGUUUAAAGCAGUUGAAGAGUAUCUUGUUGCCAACCCUACAGCCUAUGCUUAAUUCAACUAAUUCUAUCCAAGUUAAGGUUUUAUGAGUGAAAAAUAAAUGAGAGGAAUAUGUAAUGUGUGAAGUUUUUUUUUUGGGUUUGUGAAAAAUAAUAAUGUGUGAGAAAAAUGGUUGGUGAGAUAUGAAUUUGUGUAACAGAGGUUGAGUUAUACUAUAGUGAAAGUUUUCUUUGAGUUAAUGCAAGAAAUUAAUUAAAGACCUCCUUUUAAAUGGUA